AUGUGGAUUCUACCUCUUGUUGGUUACCUGGGGUCCAUCCUGGGCUUCUGUUUCUUGACCCUGGCCAUCGCAUCCGGGCUCUACUACCUGUCAGAGCUCGUCGAGGAGCAUACCGUGCUCGCCAAACGCCUCCUCACCCGCCUCAUCUACGCAGUCAUUGUGCUGCAGCUGCUUCUCUGCAUCGUCGACCGCUUCCCCUUCUGGCUGACCAUCCUGGGCAUCGUAUCCCAUGUCGUCUACCUCGGCAACAUGCGAAGGUUCCCCUUCGUCAAGCUGAGCGACCCCCUGUUUAUUGCUUCCUGCGUCCUCGUCCUCGUCAACCACUGGGUUUGGUUCAGGCAUUUCUCUGGACACCAGCAGCGCGCCUACCAGAACAUGUCCUCCUUCUACGACACUCCCGAUAACGUCCCGACCUUCACCGAGAUUGCAUCCUAUUUUGGCCUCUGCGUUUGGCUCAUCCCCUUCGCCCUUUUUGUCAGUCUGUCCGCCAGCGACAACGUGCUACCCACAAUGGGAAGCGAAGGCGCGUCCAUUUCUGCGGCAGGCGCCGAUGCCUCCAAGAACCGGCGCUCCCAGGGCAUGGCCAAAGCGCUGGUCGACAACAUUCGAGCCCUCAUGGCCCAGGUCGGAGCGAUGGCUGGCUGGAAGAAACCCGAGGACCGCUUCUAG